CAGAAAGCACAACAACUGAGACCACAACAAUGGAAAGUACUAACUCAGGCACCACCACAGGCACCACAACAGACACCAUAACAACAGAAAGCACCACCACUGCUUCUACAACUCCAGAAAGCACAACAGUGUUAGAAAGUACAACCACUGGCACCACUACUCCAAAAAGUACAACAACAGAAAGCACUAGAACAGAAAGUACCACCCCUGGUAUUACAACUUCAGAAAGUACAACAAUGGAAACAACAACUACAGAAAGUACCACAACAGACACUACAACAACAGAAAGCACCACUACAGGUACCACAACACCAGAAAGCACAACAACCGAGACCACAACAAUAGAAAGUACCAUCACAGGCACUACAACAGACACCAUAACAACAGAAAGCACCACCACUGGUUCUACAACUGCAGAUAGCACAACAGAGUUAGAAAGUACAACCACUGGAACCACUACUCCAGAAAGUACAACAACGGAGACCACAACAAUAGAAAGUACCACCCCCGGGACAACAACAGAGACCACAACGAUAGAAAGUACCACUACUGGCACCGCAACAGAGAUCACAACAACAGAAGGCACCACCACUUCAGAAAGUACUACCACACAGACCACAACAUCAGAAAUACCCACCACUGGCACCACAAUACCAGAAAGCACAACUGAGACCACAACAACAGAAGGUAGGACAACAACAGAAAGUAUCACCAUCAGUACCACAACUCCAGAAAGUACAAGAAUGGAAACCACAACAACAGACAUGACAACAUCAGAAAGUACCACCGGUACCACAGCUCUAGAAAUUACAACAACAGAAAGCACCACAAUGGAUACUAAAACAACAGAAAGCACCACCAUCGGUACCACAACUACAGAAAGUACAACAGCAGACACUACAACAACAGAAAGUACAACAAGAGAAACCACCACAACAGAUACUACAACUACAGAAAGCACAACUGAAUCCACAACAACAGAAAGUACAUCAACAACAGAAACCACUACCAUUGGCACCACAACUCCAGAAAGUACAACAGUGGAAACCACAACAACAGACACUACAACAUCAGAAAGUACCACCACCGUUACCACAGCUCCAGAAAGUACAACAGAAGAGACAACCAUGACAACAGACAGCACCACAAUCGAUAUUACAACAACAGAAAGCACCACCACCGGUACCACAACUUUAGAAAGUACAACAGCAGAAACUUCAACAACAACUGAAGGCAUCACAACUGAGAUAACAACAGAAAGUACAACCUCCGGUACCACAACACCAGAAAGUACAACAGCAGACAGUACAAUUACAGAAAGCACAACUGAAUCCACAACAACAGAAAGUACAUCAACAACAGAAAUCACUACCAUUGGUACCACAACUCCAGAAAGUACAAGAGUGGAAUCCACAACAAAGGACACUACAACAUCAGAAAGUACCACCACCGUUACCACAGCUCCAGAGAGUACAACAACAGACACUUCAACAACAAAAGAAAGCAGCACAACUGAAACAACAACAGAAACCACUACAAUGAUAGAAAGUACAACCACUGGUACCACAACUCCAGAAAGAACAACAGCAGACAUUACAACAACAGAAAGUACAACAACUGAAACCACAACAACAGGAAGCACCACAACAGAUAUUACAACUACAGAAAGCACAACAGAGACCACAACAGCAGAAAGCACCACAAUGGACACUACAACAACAGAAAGCACCACGACUCCAGAAAGCACCACAAUGGAGACCACCACAACAGAAAGUGCAACCACUGGCACCACGACUCCAGAAAGUACUACCACAGAGUCCACAACAACAGAAAGUACAACAACGGACAUUACGACAACAGAAAGUACCACCUCCGGUACCACCCCUCUAGAAAGUACAACAGCAGAGACCACAAUAACAACAGACAGCACCACAAUGGAUACUACAACAACAGAAAGCACCACCACUGGUACCACAACUUCAAAAAGUUCAACAGCAGAAACUUCAACAAAAACUGAAAGCAUCACAACCGAUACUACAACUACAGAAAGC